CCUACGUAUGAUCGCAUGAGAAUAGGGGUUCUGAGACUAAUGCUUGAUAAUGGAAACGUUGUUCAUUGCCAAGUUGAUGUUACCAAGCUUGGGUUGGAGGACAAGAAGCUACUAAUGGAGAGAAUGCUAAAGAUUGUAGAGAAAGACAAUGAAAAAUUCCUGCGUGGAGUCAGAGACAGAAUUGAUAGGGCGGGGAUUAAGAUUCCAAAAAUUGAAGUCCGGUACGAGAAAUUAUCAGUGGAGGGAGAUGUUCGUGUUGGAAGUAGAGCAUUACCUACCUUACUUAAUGUCACUCUCAACACUUUCGAGACUAUUCUGGGCUUGUUUCACCUUGCACCUUCCAAGAAGAGAAAAAUUCAUAUUCUUAAAGAUGUUAGCGGAAUCGUCAAACCAUCAAGGAUGACCCUACUUCUGGGUCCUCCAGGUGCAGGGAAAACAACAUUGCUUCUGGCACUAGCUGGGAAACUUGACCGGGAUUUAAGGGCUCCUGGAAGAAUCACCUACUGUGGUCAUGAACUAAAUGAAUUUAUUGCUAAAAAAACAUGUGCUUAUAUUAGUCAACAUGACCUUCACUUUGGAGAAAUGACGGUGAGAGAGACAUUAGAUUUUUCAGGACGCUGUCUUGGUGUUGGUACGAGGUAUGAAAUGUUGGAGGAACUUUCAAGAAGGGAGAGAGAAGCUGGAAUUAAACCGGACCCUGAGCUUGAUGCUUACAUGAAGGCUACAGCCAUUUCCGGCCAAAAAACCAGUUUGGUAACAGAUUAUAUUCUCAAGAUACUUGGAUUGGAUAUUUGUGCUGACACUAUGGUUGGUGAUGACAUGAAUAGAGGUAUCUCUGGCGGACAGAAGAAACGUGUAACAACAGGAGAGAUGUUGGUAGGACCUGCAAAAGCACUCUUCAUGGAUGAAAUAUCAACAGGAUUGGACAGUUCAACCACUUUUCAGAUUUGUAAUUUCAUGAGGCAAAUGGUUCAUAUCAUGGACGACACCAUGGUGAUUUCUCUUGUGCAGCCACCACCCGAGACAUAUGAACUAUUUGAUGACAUUAUCCUACUUUCAGAAGGUCAAAUUGUUUAUCAAGGUCCACGUGAGAAUGUGCUAGAGUUUUUCGAAAACAUGGGUUUCAAAUGUCCUGCAAGAAAAGGAGUUGCUGAUUUCUUACAAGAAGUAACGUCCAAGAAAGAUCAGCAACAAUAUUGGUUUAGAAGAGAUGAACCUUACAGAUAUGUUUCAGUUUCUGAACUUGCACAGUCCUUCCAUUCGUUUCACAUAGGAGAGCAACUUAUGACUGAUCUUGGGGUUCCCUAUGAUAAGAGACAAACUCACCCAGCUGCCUUAGUGAAGAACCAGUAUGGUAUAUCAAAUUGGGAACUAUUUAAGGCAUGCUGUUCAAGAGAAUGGUUGCUUAUGAAACGUGACAUGUUUGUUUACAUAUACAGGAUAGUACAUUUAACAGUGUUAUCUAUUUUCGGCUUUACUUUGUUCAUUAGAACCGAAAUGCCAGUUGGCACUGUUGAAGAUGGACGAAAGUUCUUUGGAGCACUAUUCUUUUCUCUACUUACUGUGAUGUUUAACGGGUCAUCAGAACAAGUCAUGAUUAUUCCUAGACUUCCUGUCUUUUACAAACAAAGGGACUUCAUGUUCUAUCCUGCAUGGGCGUUUGCAUUACCUAUAUGGGCUCUCAGGAUCCCCAUCUCUCUUGUGGAAUCAGGAAUAUGGAUUAUCCUUACUUACUAUACAAUUGGGUUUGCUCCUGCAGCUAACAGAUUUUUCCGACAUUUCUUGGCAUUAUUUGCGGUUCAUCAGAUGGCUGUCUCUCUAAUUCGGGUCAUUAGUGGAGUUGGUAGAACACCGGUUCUGGCUAAUAUACUGAGUGGAUCGGUCUAUAUGAUUGUAUUUGUGCUUGGAGGAUUUAUGAUCGCCAAAAAUGAUAUUAAGCCAUGGAUGGUAUGGGGCUAUUAUGUUUCUCCUAUGAUGUAUGGUCAGAAUGCCAUUGUAAUGAACGAAUUUUUAGAUGAAAGAUGGAGUAAACCAAAUACAGACCCAAGAAUUGAUGCACCUACAGUUGGAAAAGUGCUUCUCAAGUCCAGAGGCUUUUUCACAGAAGAAUACUGGUUUUGGAUAUGCAUUGGAGCUUUGUUUGGGUUUGCUGUUCUUUUCAACCUUCUCUUCAUUGCUUCAUUGACUUAUUUGAAUCCUAUCGGUGAUUCACAAGCAUUCAUCAUGGAUGAAGGUGACGAGAAGAAUGAAAAGUCAACCUCUAGACGGAAAAAGUUUGAAGGUAUAGGCAUGAAAAUGAAAAAUUCUUCAGAAAUUGCCGGUUCGUCUGAUCAACGAAGAACAGGAAUGAUCCUGCCGUUUCAACCUCUUUCACUUGCAUUCAAUCACAUUAACUACUAUGUAGAUAUGCCUGCUGAAAUGAAGAGUGAAGGAAUCAAUGAAGAUAGACUUCAACUACUACAUGAUGUCAGUGGUGCUUUCAAACCAGGUAUUUUGACAGCACUUAUGGGUGUUAGUGGAGCUGGGAAGACAACCCUCAUGGAUGUCUUAGCUGGAAGAAAAACUGUUGGUUACAUUGAAGGAACUAUCAGCAUUUCGGGUUACGCAAAGAACCAAGUAACAUUUGCUCGUGUUAGCGGUUACUGUGAACAGAAUGACAUUCAUUCUCCACAUGUUACUGUCUACGAAUCGCUAUUGUUUUCAGCUUGGCUUCGUCUUCCUUCAGAUGUAAAGACACAAACACGAAAGAUGUUUGUUGAAGAAGUUAUGGAAUUGGUUGAGCUUAAACCAAUCAGAAAUGCUCUUGUGAGGCUUCCAGGCGUGGAUGGCCUAUCAACGGAACAAAGGAAAAGGCUUACUAUUGCUGUAGAGUUGGUUGCAAACCCUUCAAUCAUCUUCAUGGAUGAACCUACAUCUGGUCUUGAUGCUAGAGCUGCUGCUAUUGUUAUGCGAACUGUAAGAAACACAGUAGACACAGGGAGAACCGUUGUGUGCACAAUUCACCAGCCAAGCAUAGAUAUUUUUGAAGCUUUUGAUGAGCUAUUGUUGAUGAGAAGAGGAGGACGAGUUAUAUAUUGUGGACCUCUUGGUCGCAACUCACAUAAGCUUGUAGAAUAUUUUGAAGCUAUUGCAGGGGUUCCAAAAAUCAAGGAGGGUUAUAAUCCUUCCACAUGGAUGCUUGAGAUUAGCACUCCAUCACUUGAGGCUCAACUUGGCGUGGAUUAUGCGGGGAUUUACGCCAACUCCUCACUUUACCGAAGGAAUCAAGAGCUUAUCAAAGAGCACACUACUCCAGCACCAGGUUCCAAGGACUUAUCCUUCCCAACCAAAUAUUCCCAAUCAUUCUAUGUGCAGUUGAAAGCUUGUUUCUGGAGACAACAUUGGUCCUAUUGGAGAAAUCCUCAAUAUAACGCCGUUCGAUUCUUCUUUACAUUAAUCAUUGGAGUAAUGUUUGGUCUAAUCUACUUGAAUAAAGCCAUAAAAAUCCAAAAACAACAAGAUGUAUUUAAUCUUUUGGGAGCCGUAUACUCUGCCAUGAUGUUCCUUGGAAACAUGAACGCUGCGGGAGUGCAGCCAGUUGUUAACAUAGAAAGAACUGUCUUGUAUCGUGAAAGAGCGGCAGGGAUGUAUUCAACGUUGUCCUAUGCAGUUGGUCAGGUGGCAAUAGAGGCAAUUUAUAACUUGGUUCAAGCAGCCCUUUAUACUGUCCUUCUUUUCUCAAUGAUUGGGUUUGAAUGGAAGGCAGGGAAAUUCUUUUCGUUCUACUACUAUAUACUCAUGUGUUUUAUGUACUACACGUUGUAUGGAAUGAUGACUGUUGCACUAACCCCGAGUUACCAAGUUGCUGUUAUUGGUAUGUCAUUCUUCACGAGCACCUGGAGCUUGUUCUCUGGCUUUGUCAUUCCUAGGACGCAAAUCCCUAUAUGGUGGAGGUGGUACUAUUGGGCUUCUCCUAAUGCUUGGACUAUGUAUGGCCUUAUUACCUCUCAACUGGGUGACAUAAAUGCACAAGUGGAAAUCCCAGGAGUUGGAAACAUGGGGCUGAAGGAAUUACUCAAGGAAAGCUUGGGUUUUGACUAUGAUUUCCUUCCGGUGGUUGCUGCUGUUCAUUUUGGCUGGGUUCUACUUUUCUUGUUUUUGUUUGCCUUUGGCAUAAAAUUCCUGAACUUCCAGAAAAGAUAG